GAUAUUCUUUCCCAACAAACAGAACCGAGCCUUAUGUCCUGUUAAAAUACUCGAAGAGGAGAAGGCCAUGCGUCCGGCUGAUGCUAGCUGCCCGUCAUGCUUAUUCCUAUGCAUCAAGUAUGGAGGAAGGACAAGAAAUCUUCCUCAAAAUGAAUACGUCAGGCAGCGGAUGGGAAGAAACAAACUAAAAUCUUUUGGUCCGGUUAUAUGUCGGAUGGCAAUGCUGGUCCAUAUUCGCAGCGGAAGCUUCUUCUUUAAGGCAUUGGGAAUUACACUUCUCUUCAUGUCUGGCUUUCCAAAUGACCUGGUUCAAAGGGAAACCAAAUAUAAGAACUUGGACCUCCUACAGAAGUAUUACAGGACAGAUGAGGAUGCAGAAAGGGAGGAGUUAUUUCUAUCACAUUAUGAGACUGAUGCUAUAGUAAGAUAUGCAACUCAUGGUCAAUUUUCUCCAGAAUUUGUGGAUAUUAGUCCCAAUUCUGAGCAAGGGAAAAAAGCAUCGACGAAAACGGAAAGCAAGAGAGAAGCAAUCUCUAAGACCAAAACUUCAGAGAAAGCUACAACUAUACAUUCUGAACCUUCAUGUUCUGCCCCAUCUCCUGCACCAUUCGGAUUAAUGGGCUAUGCCUCGCCUCCAAGUCCAGUGACUCAAGCACCAGUAGAUAUGACAAGGCCUGUAAUGGCUAAUACCGCGUCCAAUAUUCUCUACCAUAACCAAUGUUCAUAUCCUGUUUUCCCAAUGUAUCCACCAAAUUCUGUCAUGCCUUUAGUAUAUUGGCCUCAACCUAAUGCGUUCGCGCCAUUUCCUUACCCUUCUUCCUAUAGAUAUAUUGCACCUGGAAGUUGCAUUUCAGGACAACCAUAUUCUUACUACAGUCAUCAUCCUUUGAUUCCAGAAACUUUAGGGACUGGUGAGAAACAAAAUGGAGGAUCAGAUGAGGCUAAAAGGGAGUCCAAUAGCAGUUCAAGCAGUACAGAUUCAAGAAAGAAGUAA